AUGGACGUCUCUGGCUCUACUUCCUUUUCCUCUUCCCCUUCCCCUUCAUACACCUUCCCCUUUCUCACUAACCUGUCCCUUCCCUCGUCCUCUCCUUCUCUCUCCCCGUCCCCAAGCGUAGCCUCCACAGCUCUCUUCUGCUUUUUCCUAUCCCUCCUUUCUCUGCUGGGCAUUCUGGGCAACCUCUACACCCUAGGGCUUCUCAUUCGCCGCCGUAGGAUGUCAAGGCGACGGCGUAGCGCUCCUACCUGUUGUUACUCCUGCCUCGGCACCUCCUCCCCUUCUUUCUCUCCCUCCUCCUCUCCCACCUCGUCCUCCUCGUCUUCUUCCCUCCACCUGCAGGUUCUGAGUCUGGCUUUGGCAGACCUGGUGUACCUCUCCACUGCCCCAUUCAUUGUGUACGACAGCCUGGCAUCUGACUGGGCCUUCGGUGAACUAGGCUGUCGGCUGCUACUCAGUCUGGACUUGCUCACCAUGCACGCAAGUAUCUUCACCCUCACUGCUAUGAGCCUGGAUCGGUAUCGAGCUGUGGCUGAUCCAUUGGCAGCCUCGUCCACACCUUCCUCUGGACUCCUGAGGGUCGCUUUGGCCUGGGGUUUUGCCGUGGCUCUCAGUUUGCCCAUGAUGAUCACUCUGCACCUGGAAGACGGAGAGAACCAGGAAGGCAAGUUGUGCGUUCCCGCCUGGGAUGAGCAGAGUUCCAAAGCCUACCUCAGUGUGCUCUUCUGCACCAGCAUCCUAGGCCCAGGACUGGCCAUCGGAGCUUUGUAUGCAGCUUUAGGGAGACUCUAUUGGGUAUCUCAGACGCAACCAGCUUGGGUCGGAGGGGGCAACGCCUACCCACCCCGUGCACCUCGCCCCAAAGUCCUGCUCCUCAUCCUGGGGAUUGUGCUGACUUUCUGGGCUUGUUUCCUUCCGUUCUGGAUCUGGCAGCUUCUACCACUGUACCGACCUGAGGUUCUGCGCGUGGUGCCGGUGGGCACGCAGGUGACCAUUAAUCGCAUCCUCACAGGAUUGACUUAUGGGAACUCUUGUGUGAAUCCGUUCUUCUACACGCUGCUGACAGGCAAGCGCAGGCGGACCAGCAGGAAGGCAAUAAGUGCGGCUGCCCCACUCUGCCACAAGGGCAGCUCUGAACAACAAUAACAGC